AGUGGAUGAGAGAGAGAGGGAGAGAGAAAGGCAGAGGCGGCGGUUGUUGUUGUAGUGGUGCUGUUUACAGCGGAGGAUUUAUUUUUUUUCUUGAUGUUUCUUCACAAUCUGAGCACCAACAUGCAUUUUAAACCCAGUCGCGAUAGACUUUACACAACAAGAUGUUGUGGAUGCUGCCAUGUCAGGACGGGGACGAUUAUUCUCGGCACUUGGUACAUGGUUGUGAACCUGUUGAUGGGAAUCCUGCUGACGGUGGCGGUCACUCAUCCGGAGAACGUGCCCUCGGUCGACCUGCAGUACGAGGUCAUCGAGCACUACUUCGCCUCAGACAGAAUGUCAGAAAAUGCUUGCGUGGGAUUCGCCAUCUCCCUCCUGAUGCUCACCAUCAGCGCCAUGAUGGUGUACGGAGCCAUUACCCACCGUGAUGGCUGGCUCAUCCCGUUCUUCUGCUAUCAGCUGUUUGACUUUGCACUGAGCUGCUUGGUGGCCAUCAGCUCCCUCACCUACCUGCCCAGGAUCAAGGAUUAUCUGGAUCAGCUGCCGGACUUUCCAUACAAAGACAAUCUUCUUUCUCUGGACUCCAGCUGCCUUCUGCUUUUCGUGCUCAUCUUCUUCGCUCUCCUCAUCAUCCUGAAGGCUUACUUGAUCAACUGCGUGUGGAACUGCUACAAGUACAUCAACAAUAGAAACAUGCCAGAGAUCGCUGUUUAUCCUGCUUUUGAGGCUCCACCUCAGUACAUCCUCCCCACCUACGAAAUGGCCAUGACGAUGCCAGCGAAGGAGCCUCCGCCCCCCUACAUGCCCGCCUGAACACCCCUCUCCGAUCAAGUCACUGCAGAUACUGUCCUUGGUUGUUGUUUUUGUUCUUGUUUUUUUUUUUUUUUCCCUUCCUGAUUGAUUGCACUCUUCACUCUGUAGAACGGAGGGUGUUACGAUUCCCCACCACUAUCACUUUAAAGCUCUGCAUAUUGCAUAGACUUAACCAUCGUCAUCAUCCGCAUGACUCUCAUCAACCUGUCGUGACAGCUCAUAACAGAUCUAUUUUUGUAAACGAAUAGGAACGAACGCCGCCGCAGGUGGGUUUUACGGGGAUAGAGGGUCGUUCCCUGUCGAUGGGAAUUCGAGGGGUUUGCAGUGUUGGAGCCUCAUUGUGAGCUGGGCUGCAUAGUGACGUCUCACAGCUUUUGUAUAGUUUAUUCAUAGUGAACCAUUCUAAUGAAACGUUUCUACUUAGGUGACGUAGAUCAUCUGCCAGCGGGCGACGCACAUGACGCAGUGUAAGCGUUCACUUUUCAUGCCGUUCCUCUUGUUUUUAAUGCUUUUUUUUGUGGGGGGGGGGCGUGAAAGCUUUUUUUUUUCCAUUAUUAUUAUUUUUUAGACAGCUUCACUGUCUGCUAACGUAUUUUUCGAAGCACUACUUUCUCAGUCGGCUAACGCGAAGGAUUCUGCUUUAGUUUAUCAUGACAAUCCAAUGUGAAAUUAAACGAAAUCUUUUUUGGGUUUUUUUUUUUCCUUUUUGUGUAUUUUGUGUGAAAGUAAAACAAAAAAAAAUGUUAACACAUAGACAAAAGAAGUUUUAGCACUUUAUCAUGUUUUAUAUCGAAGUGUUGGAUCGGUUCAUACAUCCAUCCGUACAUCCAGUCAUCCAUCAGAUCCCACCACGUACGUGGCAGCGUUCAUCGUGCUGUGCUGUGGUAGAUAGUGAUCAUGCUUUCAACAUGUUCAUUGCUGAUGAGAGAGGAGGCUCUUCUCUCACGAGACAAAGCUUUGGAUAAACAUGACUCUCCGCUAGUAUUGUGAAAAUCGGUAAAUGCAUGCUAAGCUCCUUAUUGGUCUCUCUUUUUUUUUUUUUCUUUUCUUUUUUUCUUUCUUUCUUUUUUUUUCUUGUACACUUUCUGGUAAGUCAAUGAAUUAAUUCCGUAAUAAACAGUUUGAAACAUUG